AAAAUAUAUAGUCCUAUGUGCUAUGUGGAAUGGUUAAAAAGUCAAAUAGAAAAACUAAUUGGGCCACGGCCCAACCAAAAUCAGGAAGACGAACUCGUUAUAGUUAGAAACCCUAGACCCUCCAUUAGAUUCUUUCUCGGGGUGGCCUUCGCAGAACACACUAAAUUUUUAUCGGCGACGCCAGCAGCAGCAGCAGCAAUGGUGAAGUACUCGAAGGAACCAGAAAACCCCACCAAAUCUUGCAAGGCCAGGGGAUCUGAUCUCAGGUGCCAUUUCAAGAACACUCGUGAAACAGCACAUGCUAUCCGAAAGAUGCCUUUAUUGAAGGCGAAGAGAUACUUGGAAGAUGUUUUGGUCCAUAAACAAGCCAUUCCAUUUACUCGUUUUUGCCGUGGAGUUGGAAGAACUGCACAAGCCAAGAAUCGUCAUUCCAAUGGACAAGGACGUUGGCCUGCUAAAUCUGCAAAGUUCAUUCUCGAUCUUCUAAAGAACGCUGAGAGUAAUGCAGAGGUGAAAGGAUUGGAUGUCGAUGCUCUUCACAUCUCCCAUAUCCAGGUCAACCAAGCCCAAAAACAGAGGCGUCGGACAUACCGUGCUCAUGGAAGAAUCAAUCCUUACAUGUCUUCUCCUUGCCAUAUUGAAUUGACCUUGUCUGAAAAAGAGGAGCCUGUUAAAAAGGAGCCUGAGACUCAGUUGGCACCAAGAACCAAGAAGAACCAAGCUUAAGUGAAGUUGAGUGGUAGAAAGGAUUCAGUUUUUGUUAUCUGAAAACUCUGUUUCUGUUUUUAAAAGAUUUGUUUUAUGUUUCUAUUAUUAUGAGGUGAUGUUUUUUGCUUUAUGAAAUUAAAACAUUUUGGUUGA